AUCGGGACUAUAUGGAGGAUGGUCCAAAAAUUCCACGUUUUCUUCCGUUAAAUACUGCCUCGUUUUUUGGGCUGUGUUCGAGCUUGCAUUGUCUUGGUGGAGGAUAAUCCUUCUUUCGGGGUGCAUCUUGUUGGAAUACCUAAACAGCCGACUGUCGUUUAUUUUCUGGUUCAUAACAGUAAAUCCACGAUUUAUCGCCACUAACAAUGCUGUAUAGAUUUUUUGAGUUUCCG